GCGCGUGAUUACGUGCUGACGCACUUAGUCGUGCUGACGUGCAGCGCGGCCCAGGCGGGUUGCGAGUGGCGCAGUCAGAACCCGUUGCGGCCCCGAGGAAGCGGGGAGGCGUCGGCUGAGGCGGGCGGACCAGCGAGGCGGUGGCUUUAGACCCUGAGGGACUCGAGAACUCAAGCAGCGGCUGCAGCAGGACCUCUUUUCCGAGGCGGCGGCGGCGGUGGCGACGGCGGCGGGAGCGGUGGUGCCCCUGGGCACAGGGCCAUGUACAACGGGAUCGGGCUGCCGACGCCCCGGGGCAGCGGCACCAACGGCUACGUCCAGCGCAACCUGUCCCUGGUGAGGGGCCGCCGGGGUGAGCGGCCUGACUACAAGGGAGAGGAGGAACUGCGGCGCCUGGAGGCUGCCCUGGUGAAGCGGCCUAAUCCUGACAUCCUGGACCACGAGCGCAAGCGGCGCGUGGAGCUGCGAUGCCUCGAGCUGGAGGAGAUGAUGGAAGAGCAGGGGUACGAGGAACAGCAAAUUCAGGAGAAAGUGGCGACCUUUCGACUCAUGUUGCUGGAGAAGGAUGUGAACCCUGGGGGCAAGGAAGAAACCCCAGGGCAGAGGCCAGUGGUAACUGAGACCCACCAGUUGGCUGAAUUGAAUGAGAAGAAAAAUGAGCGACUUCGUGCUGCCUUUGGUAUCAGUGAUUCCUAUGUGGAUGGCAGUUCUUUCGAUCCUCAACGUCGUGCUCGAGAAGCUAAACAACCAGCUCCUGAACCUCCCAAACCUUAUAGCCUCGUUCGAGAGACAAGUAGUUCUCGUUCACCAACUCCAAAGCAAAAGAAGAAGAAAAAGAAGAAAGAUAGAGGACGCAGGUCAGAGAGCAGCUCUCCUCGACGAGAGAGAAAGAAGAGCUCAAAGAAGAAGAAGCACAGGUCAGAAUCUGAGUCCAAGAAACGGAAGCACAGGUCUCCUACUCCAAAGAGCAAACGUAAAUCAAAGGACAAGAAGCGGAAGCGAUCUAGAAGUACAACACCAGCUCCCAAGAGCCGCCGGGCCCAUAGAUCAACUUCUGCUGACUCUGCUUCCUCCUCUGAUACUUCUCGUAGUCGGUCUCGAAGUGCUGCUGCUAAAAUCCAUACAACUGCCUUGACUGGGCAAAGUCCUCCCCCUGCUUCAGGGCAUCAAGGGGAGGGAGAUGCACCUUCUAGUGAACCAGGUACCACUAACAUACAACAGCCUAGAAGCCCAGAGCCCUCUGCAAAGCAGCCUAGCAGCCCUUAUGAAGACAAAGAUAAGAAGGAGAAAUCUGCAGCUCAUCCUAGUCCCUCUCCGGAAAGGAGCAGCACAGGCCCAGAACCACCUGCUCCCACUCCGCUCCUUGCUGAGCAACAUGGCGACUCCCCACAACCCCUCACAACAAUCCCAUCCUGUCAGGAGCCAGUUAUACCCCCAUCUGAGGCCUCCCCAACCCGAGGCUGUUCACCUAAAUCUCCUGAGAAACCUCCCCAGUCUUCUUCCUCAGAGAGCUGCCCACCGUCCCCCCAGCCUACCAAAGUUUCUCGGCAUGCCAGCUCCUCUCCUGAAAGUCCUAAACCCAUACUAGCUCCUGGGGCUCGACGAGAGAUUUCUUCUUCUCCUACGUCUAAGAAUCGCUCACAUGGCCGAGCAAAGAGGGAUAAAUCACAUUCUCAUACUCCAUCACGUAGGACAGGGAGGUCCCGUAGCCCUGCUGCUAAGAGGGGGCGAUCUCGGUCUCGAUCUCCUACUACCAAGAGAGGUCAUUCUAGAUCCCGGUCCCCUCAGUGGCGUAGGUCCCGAUCUGCACAGAGAUGGGGAAAAUCUAGAAGCCCCCAGCGGCGUGGCCGGUCUAGGUCUCCACAGCGACCAGGCUGGUCCAGGAGCAGAAAUACCCAGAGAAGAGGCAGGUCUAGGUCAGCAAGACGAGGUAGAUCACACACUAGAUCUCCAGCCACUAGGGGUAGAUCUCGUUCUAGAACACCAGCUCGAAGGGGUAGGUCCCGUUCUAGAACACCUGCACGGCGGAGAUCACGAUCCAGAACACCUGCCAGGCGUAGGUCUCGGUCGAGAACACCAGCCCGGAGGGGCAGAUCUCGGUCGAGAACACCUGCUAGACGCAGAUCUAGGACCCGAUCUCCAGUGCGAAGGAGGUCUCGUAGUAGAUCUCCAGCUAGGAGAAGUGGCAGGUCACGCUCUAGAACUCCAGCCAGAAGGGGGAGGUCAAGGUCUAGAACUCCAGCUAGAAGAGGGAGGUCAAGGUCUAGAACACCGGCUAGACGUGGUCGCUCUAGGUCUAGAACACCCGUCAGGAGAGGGAGAUCUCGGUCUAGAACACCAGUUAGGCGACGAUCCCGCAGUAGAAGUCUAGUUAGACGUGGAAGAUCUCACUCGAGAACACCACAAAGAAGAGGGCGAUCUGGCUCAUCGUCAGAGCGGAAGAAUAAAUCCAGAACAUCUCAAAGGAGGAGCAGAUCCAACUCAAGCCCAGAAAUGAAAAAAUCUUACGUUUCCUCAAGGCGAAGCAGGUCUCUUUCUUCACCAAGAUCCAAAGCAAAAUCUUGUUUGUCUUUGAGGCGAAGUCUUUCAGGUUCCUCUCCAUGCCCUAAACAAAAGUCACCAACACCACCAAGGCGAAGUCGUUCUGGUUCUUCACCACCUAAACAGAAAUCUAAAACUCCACCAAGACAGAGUAAUUCAAGUUCAUCUCCUCACCCUAAAGUAAAAUCUGAAACACCACCAAGACAAGGGUCUGUAACAAGUAUGCAGGCCAACGAACAAUCUACAACACCACAAAGACACAGCCGUUCGGAAUCAUCACCAGAUCCCGAGGUGAAAUCUAGGACCCCCUCAAGACAUAGCUGCUCUGGGUCUUCUCCUCGAUUGAAAUCUGGCACACCCCCAAGACAGAGCCCAUCUAGGUCGUUAUCUCCACAGCCCAAAGUGAAGACAGUAUCACCAAGACAAAGAAGCCAUUCUGGCUCCUCUUCUCCAAGUCCUGGUAGAAUGAUAUCAAGAACACCUUCAAGACGUAGCAGAUCAGCAACUCCAUGCUCCAAGGUUGAAUCUAGAUUGUUGCCAAGACACAGCAGAAGUUCUAGAUCCUCCUCACCAGACACUAAAGUGGAACCUGGAACACCACCUAGACAAAGUCAGUCAGGGUCUGCAUCACCAUACCCCAAAGUAAAUCUCCAGACUUCUCCAGGAAAAAGUCUUUCUGGAUCAAAGUCACCAUGUCCCCAGGAGAUGUCUAAGGAUUCACCAGCAGAAAGCUCUGAAUCCUCUCUCUGUCUAGGAGUAAUACCUAGUGCAUCACCAGGGGAGACCUGUUUUGGCUCCUCAUCUCUGCUACAGAAAGGACAAUCUCAAAUUUCUCCAGACCCCAGAUCUCCUUCAAGUCCAGAAGACAGAACAAGUCCAGAAGUCCAGAGACAGACUCACUUGGAAUCUCCAUCUCUGCAGAGCACAUCUCAAGCAUCUUCUAAGGGUGGCCUAUCAAGGUCUUCAUCUCCAGUCACUGAGCUGGCACCCAAAUCACCAAGAAGACAAGACAGUGAAUUGUCAAUAGAUACAAUGCUGAAAUCAGGAAUGACUCCUGAGCAGAGCAAGUCUAAACCUGACUCUUCUUUAUAUCCUUCAGUAGACACUAAAUGUCUUUUGUUACAGAGCAAAUUGGAGCCUUCUGAAUCAAAAGAGAAAAUGGGUUUACCUCAAGAGGAUCAAACAUCAUCAUCUAGAUCAAGAGACAAAUUUAGUCCUAUGCAUGAUAGACCUGAGUCUUCAGUGCUAAAAGACACACCUAGAGCACCAUUAAAGGAAAGAAGUGGAACUGGCUCACCUCCAGACACAAGAGAACAAAAUAGUUCACUACCUAAGUCAAGCCAAGAUGAAGAAUUAAUGGAAGCAGAGAAAUCUGAACAACCUUCAAACCAAAUUCUGCCCAAUUUAUCUCAAGAACUUAAAGAAAAGGCUGAAAGUAUCUUUGAGUCAUCUCCUGAAAUAGAAGAAAAGCCUUCUGUACUGUCUGUUCUUGAUCAAAGCCAGUCAGAGCCUUCAAAAGCAGUAGAAAUCCCUGCAGUGGCUUCAUGUUGGGGCGGGCCACAUAUUUCUCCAGAACAUAAAGAACUGUCUCAUUCUUCCCCUCAGGAGACUAGCUUUGAAUCAUCUUUGGAAAUUAGAAACUCAGGCCCUGUCACAGAAUCAAAUACUGAUUUUUCUCCUGAGGUUAAAGAAGAUUUGAAUGGACCUUUCUUAAGUCAAAUGGACACUGACCCAUCUCUAGAUGUGAAAGAACAGUCAGCAAGAUCCUCUAGGCGCAGCAGUUCUGAGUUAUCCCCAGAAGUAGUGGAAAAGGCAGGAGGAAUAUUUUCAAGUCAGAGUGUGUCUUCACCUGUACUUGAGGCUGUACCCAGAACAUCUUCAAGGGAAAGAAGUAGUUCUGCAUCUUCUCCUGAACUGAAAGAUGGUUUACCCAGAACUCCAUCAAGAAGAAGUCGGUCUGGGUCUUCUCCAGGACUUAGAGAUGGAUCUGGGACUCCUUCUAGGCAUAGUCCUUCUGGGUCCUCUCCUGGGAUGAAAGAUGUACCUAGAACCCCAUCCAGGGGGCGAAGUGAAUGUGACUCUUCCCCUGAACCGAAACCAUUGCCUCAGACUCCCAGAGCACAGAGUCGUUCUCCAUCAUCCCCAGAGCUUAACAACAAAUGUCUCACCCCUCAGAGAGAGAGAAGUGGAUCUGAGUCAUCAGUUGAACAGAAAACUGUGUGUAGGACACCUCUUGGGCAAAGAAGCCGUUCUGGGUCUUCCCAAGAGCUUGAUGGGAAACCCAGUGCAUCCCCUCAGGAAAGAAGUGAGUCAGAUUCUUCUCCAGAUUCUAAAGCUAAGACUCGAACCCCCCUUAGGCAGAGGAGUCACUCUGGAUCAUCUCCAGAGAUUGAUAGCAAAUCUCGGCCUUCUCCCCGGUCUGGAUCAUCUCCUGAAGUGAAAGAUAAGCCAAGAGUACUGCCAAGGGCUCAGAGUGGUACUGAUUCUUCUCCUGAACCCAAAGUACCUGCCCCUCGGGCCCUACCCAGACGAAGCAGAUCGGGUUCAUCAAGCAAAGGUAGAGGCCCUUCUCCUGAAGGAAGCAGUAGUUCUGAGUCCUCUCCAGAGCACCCACCCAAAUCCAGAACUGCUCGAAGAGGCUCCAGGUCUUCAGUGGAGCCAAAGACCAAGUCUCGAACGCCACCUCGGCGUCGCAGCUCUCGAUCAUCUCCUGAACUAACCAGGAAGGCCAGAGUAUCCCGAAGAAGUCGAUCUGCUUCCUCAUCACCAGAAACCCACUCCAGAACUCCACCAAGACGGCGAAGAAGUCCCUCAGUGUCCUCUCCAGAACCAACUGAAAAGUCAAGGUCUUCACGACGGCGACGCUCAGCUUCAUCUCCUCGUACCAAGACAACCUCAAGGAGAGGCCGAUCUCCUUCACCAAAACCUCGUGGACUCCAGCGGUCCCGUUCCCGCUCACGCAGGGAGAAAACAAGAACAACCCGUCGCAGAGAUAGGUCUGGAUCUUCUCAAUCAGCAUCCCGAAGAAGACAGAGGAGUCGGUCUAGGUCUCGGGUCACUCGUAGGCGGAGAGGUGGCUCUGGUUACCAUUCAAGGUCACCUGCCAGACAGGAGAGUUCCCGAACCUCCUCUAGACGACGAAGAGGCCGUUCUCGCACGCCCUUGACUAGUCGGAAACGUUCUCGAUCACGGACAUCUCCAGCCCCAUGGAAACGUUCUCGAUCUCGAGCCUCACCAGCCACUCAUCGACGAUCCAGAUCCAGAACACCCCUGAUCAGCCGACGUAGGUCCAGGUCUCGAACCUCACCAGUGAGUCGGAGACGGUCAAGGUCUAGGACGUCAGUAAAUCGGCGAAGAUCUCGAUCAAGAGCAUCCCCAGUGAGUCGCAGAAGAUCCAGGUCCAGAACACCACCAGUAACUCGCCGUCGUUCAAGGUCCAGAACACCAACAACGCGCCGUCGCUCCCGUUCUAGAACUCCUCCAGUGACUCGCAGGAGGUCCAGAUCUAGGACUCCACCAGUAACCAGAAGGCGAUCUCGAAGCAGAACUUCUAUCACUCGGAGAAGAUCAAGAUCCAGAACAUCCCCAGUAACUCGGAGGAGAUCACGAUCUCGCACUUCUCCAGUCACUCGAAGACGGUCCCGUUCAAGAACUUCUCCAGUGACACGCCGCCGCUCAAGGUCCAGAACUCCUCCAGCUAUUCGGAGGCGCUCUAGAUCCCGAACACCAAUGUUGCCACGCAAGCGCUCUCGAAGUCGAUCACCACUUGCCAUUCGUCGCCGUUCAAGAUCUCGUACCCCUCGAGCAGCUCGAGGAGGUAAACGGUCCUUAACAAGAUCUCCCCCAGCCAUCCGUAGGCGUUCUGCAUCUGGAAGUAGCUCUGAUCGUUCGCGUUCUGCUAGUCCUCCAGCAACAAGGAAUCAUUCUGGUUCUCGGACACCUCCUGUAGCACUAAGUAGCUCUAGAAUGAGCUGCUUCAGUCGUCCUAGCAUGUCACCGACUCCUCUUGACCGAUGUAGAUCACCUGGAAUGCUUGAACCCCUUGGUAGUGCUAGAACACCCAUGUCUGUCCUACAGCAAGGUGGUGGCUCAAUGAUGGAUGGUCCAGGUUCCCGGAUUCCUGAUCAUCCAAGAACAUCUGUGCCAGAAAAUCAUGCACAGUCUCGAAUUGCACUUGCCCUGACAGCCAUCAGUCUGGGCACUGCCCGUCCACCUCCAUCCAUGUCUGCUGCUGGCCUUGCUGCAAGGAUGUCCCAGGUUCCAGCUCCUGUGCCUCUCAUGAGCCUUAGAACAGCCCCAGCCGCCAACCUUGCCAGUAGGAUUCCUGCCGCAUCUGCAGCUGCCAUGAACCUUGCCAGUGCCAGGACACCUGCCAUUCCAACAGCAGUGAACUUGGCUGACUCAAGAGCACCAGCUGCAGCAGCAGCCAUGAACUUAGCCACCCCCAGAACAGCAGUGGCUCCUUCAGCUGUGAACCUUGCUGACCCUCGAACCCCCACAGCCACAGCUGUGAACCUAGCAGGAGCCAGAACACCAGCUGCACUGGCAGCUUUGAGUCUCUCAGGCUCUGGAACACCCCCAACUGCUGCAAAUUAUCCCUCCAGCUCUAGAACACCACAGGCUCCGGCCCCUGCAAACUUGGUAGGGCCUCGAUCUGCACAUGGCACAGCUCCUGUGAACAUUGCCAGCUCUAGAACCCCUUCAGCCUUGGCCCCUGCAAGUCUGUCCAGUGGCAGGAUGACUCCAGCAUUGUCUGGUGCAAACCUUACCAGUCCUAGGGUGCCCCUUUCUGCAUAUGAGCGUGUCAGUGGCAGAAGCUCACCUUCAUUGCUUGAGCGAGCCAGGUCCAGAACACCACCAUCUGCCCCAAGCCAAUCUAGAAUGACCUCCGAGCGGGCUCUUUCCCCUGCCUCAAGAAUGGUCCAGGCUCCUCCUCCACAAUCUCUUCUCCCUCCAGCACAGGAUCGGCCUAGGUCUCCUGUGCCACCUGCUUUUUCAGACCAAUCUCGUUCUUCAAUUGCCCAGACCACUCCUGUAGCAGUGUCUCAGUCCCUUUCCUCCGGGACUAUGGCAAAGUCCACAUCCUCUGCUAGUGACCACAAUGGCAUGCUUCUUGGCCCUGCCCUUGGGGUGUCCCAUUCUGAAGGUGGGGAGCCACCAGACGCAACUGGGGCCCAGCAGCCUUCUGCAUUGGCUGCCCUGCAACCAGCAAAGGAACGUCGGAGUUCUUCCUCCUCUUCAUCAUCAUCUAGCUCCUCCUCCUCCUCCUCCUCAUCAUCAUCAUCGUCCUCUUCUUCUGGCUCCAGUUCUAGUGAUUCUGAGGGCUCCAGCCUUCCUGCUCAACCUGAGGUUGCACUAAAAAGGGUUCCCAGCCCCAUUCCAGCCCCAAAGGAGGCUGUUCGAGAGGGACGUCCUCAAGAGCCAGCCCCAGCCAAACGGAAGAGGCGUUCUAGCAGUUCCAGUUCCAGCUCCUCUUCCUCCUCUUCCUCCUCUUCCUCCUCCUCCUCCUCUUCCUCCUCCUCCUCCUCUUCCUCUUCCUCCUCUUCCUCUUCCUCCUCAUCUUCCUCCUCCUCCCCCUCCCCUACUAAGCCAGGCCUUCAGGCCUUGCCCAAACCUGCAAGCCCCAAGAAGCCACCCCCUGGCGAGCGGAGGGCUCUGGUCUGGCCACCGUCAUCUUCUCCCGACUCUGUCCACAGUCUCCUCCCUGUCUCCCUGCCUCCACGCCAUUCUCUUCCACACGUAGCCAGAGGGAUCUUUCUAAAACGCACAUCUGGUUACUUCCCUUCACUCCACAAAUCCUUCUGCGACGCCCUGUGGCCUGCAGGAUAAAGUGCCACCUCUGCGGGAAUGGCGUGUGAGGCUCUUCACCAGCUGCCCUUGCCCGCCCUGUGCUCCUCCUGCCCGCCCCCACACAUACCCUGUGUUCCGGCCAUACCCAGCGCCUUGCAGUCUAAGGAGAGCCCCAUGCCUUUGGACAUGCUGUUCCUUCUGCCUGGGAUUUCCUUGUCUGCCUGGUGAACUCGUUCUGCAGGACUCCACUCAAACAGCACCUUCGAGAAGACUGCCCUGCCCUUUCCCUGCCCAGGUCCCCAUGCCUUGCUCUGGGUCCCCAGGCCUAUGUACAUCUAUCCCUGCUGGGAUGUUUCCCACAUAGGAGGCAUGUAUGCCUCCCUUGUUGGCCUCCUCCACUACCAAACCAAGCUCCUCCAAGGGCAGGGACUCUUUUUCUUUGCGUCCCCCGCUGCACCCUGUGCCAUGCCCACUGGGGGCACUCGGUGGAUGGUGUGCGGGCGGAUGGGUGAGUGCGGACAAAGGUCUCGAAGCCCUCGAAAGCCAAUAGACUCUCUUCGGGAUUCUCGGUCCCUCAGUUACUCUCCUGUGGAGCGUUGCCAGCCCUCGCCCCAACCUUUACCAAGGGAUCAACAGAG